UCCCGGAAGUCUAUAGGAAUGGGCUACCCUUUCGACCAGUUUGUCGGGAAAGUAGACGAGAAUCUUAUCUGUUCCAUCUGUCGUGAUGUUAUGACCAACCCAGUAAGCUGCCAGGAUGGCCACACAUUCUGUGAGAGCUGCAUCACUGUAUGGCUGGUCUCACACAAAGCGUGUCCUCUAGACAGACAGCCUCUUCACAAACGAGACCUAAUCAGAAAUCUUCCUCUACGAGGUGUUAUUGACAAUCUUGAUGUGCAUUGUGCCAACGGUUUAGAGGUCAAUCCUCUUAAGAAAAGGAAGACAUCUGAAACUGGGCACAACUUGCAGCUCUGUCCAUGGCUAGGAAAACUUAAGGAUCUGGAAGAGCACACCAGGUUGUGUCUAUUUGAGCUUGUCAAGUGUCCACACACUCGAUGUGUUAAGGGUAUGCUACGACGACAUGUUGAAGAACAUGCUCUCCAGUGCCGCAAGCGUUCAGUUGUCUGCGAGCAGUGUGGCUUAGAAAUGGCGUUCUGUGAUCUAGAUGAUCAUGAGACCAAUGAGUGUCCACUAGCUAUGGUGCCUUGCAUCAACAGUUGUGUUACAAAUGGCUGUAUUACUAUGAUAGCAAGGGCUCACAUGGAUGAUCAUGUGACAUAUGACUGUGAUAGAGCGCCAGUUCCUUGUCCUUUUGAGUCUCAAGGCUGUGGUGCGAAAGCAACACGAUUAGAGCUGAGCCAUCAUCUUCGAGACGGCAUGAUGGAGCACAUGCUACUGUUACAAAGAGAAAACAAGAAGCUCAAAGAUCAGCUACAAUUAAUAAGUAGUCAGAUGAAAAAUGAAAUAUCUAACUUGCGCGAUGAGCACCCUAACACAUACAUUUGGAACAUCUCAAACUUCUCUCAUUUGAUCGAAGAUUAUCAACAAGGGCAAGAAAUUCGAAGUCCUGCAUUCUGGUUGUGUGGUGUGUGUUGGAAGUUGAGAUUGUAUCCAAAUGGCGCAACACCUUCACAUUCAGGUUAUCUGUCACUUUAUUUGGAAAGGCAGGAUGAUGAGCAGAAUGGAUCAACUGUAGGAAACUCAGUUGUGUCAAUUCUUUUUCGGUUUACUGUUGAAAAUCCUAAUUCUGAUGUUCAGAGAUAUUCUGUCUCUAUUGACCAACCAUUUGCUUUCACUCGUGAAGAUCGUGAUUGGGGCUGGGUAGCAUUCAUGAGAACAACAGAAGCCAUUCAGUACUGCCAUAACAAUAUGUUGUCAAUAAAGUGUGUUCUACAACUGAAGGGAUGAGUAAUGGUGAGACACAUAACAGUAGGUCAUAUGACAUAUGAUGGUAUAUGACGAUGCGUAUGAUUAUAUGGAUAGUGUGUUAUCAAAUAUUGCUGUAGAGUAGAGAUUGCUCUGAUUGAUGUAUGGACAGGUUUCGCAGUACUCAAGGGAUACUCAUGUGCUUGACUUGUACACUGAUGUGUACUGUGUGUGUAAUGAUGCUGAUGAACAAAAUUUGCACUUAAGAAAACAAAAUCAAUUAUGUUUCAAAAACUCUGGUACAACUAUUGUUGGCAUCUGAUAUGCCAAAUGAGACUGUGUUUACUGUCCUUCA